GAUCAUUUCAUUGCUUCAAAUAACUAAAGGGAAUUUAUUACAAGGCCUUAUUCAUAACAAAGGAAAAUAUUCCAACUCAUGAAUCCCUUGUUCUAUUGUGGUCACAUUUCGUUUCGGUUUGUUUCAUUACUGUAAUCGUUCCGCUUCUUUUUAUCAAUUUAUAAUUUGAACGUUUCCGGUCGGUUCUUCACUGAUGCUAGCCAAAUUUGUUAGAAAGUUCAGAUCCAAGGCAAGAGACCUUGCAAGUCUGGUAAUUAUUUCGUUGAUGAGUUUCGCAUGGAUAUGGUAACGUUCCACCAAGGGAAUUGUACAUAAAAGAAAUCAACGUUAGAUUUUUACUGACUAGAUGAUUCGGCUGAGAUGAAGUCAAACAUUUGAGACUGACCGGUUAUUUUUCCAUCCUCGGGCUCGGUAGGAUUACGAUCACGAUUUUCCCAUCCUCGGUAGGAUUAUUACCAAGGACAUAUUGCCAUUCCAGGAACAUCAGUAUAGGCUCAGAAUUUGACCAGAACAAGUGACCAUGUCUGAAGGAGAAAUAGAAGUAGCCAUGGAGGAAAAAAAGGCCAAAUCAGACGAAGAAGACCAGGAUACAGAAGCCACAAAUGGAACGGCAGUCUCGGUCACUAUGGAGAAGUUGCAAGGCAUGGACGGGGUGGAAGUAGUCAAGAUGCCUGCCCCAGACGAGGACGUCCGUGAGAUAGUCAUAGUGGAUGCAAAUGCUCUGGAUGUGGAUUUAAACCAGGGGAAAAUUGCAAAGAUCGAAAAUUUGGAAUCAUUGACACAAGUAGAGACAUUGUGCCUAAGACAAAAUUUGAUAAAAAAGAUUGAGGGUCUGUCUACACUACAACACCUUAAAGACCUAGACUUGUAUGAUAACCAACUGGAGGUGAUUGAAAACUUGGAGGAGUUACGGAAUCUUGAACAGCUGGACCUGUCGUUCAACCGCCUUAAGACUAUAGAGGGCCUAGAAAAUCUGACGGCCCUUCGCAAGCUCUACUUUGUACACAACAAGUUUGACAAAAUCCAAAACAUUGAACAUCUAGUGCAGCUUCACAUGCUGGAAUUUGGUGCAAACAGGAUAAGGGUGAUUGAAAAUCUUGCUCCGCUGACACGGCUAACAAGUCUGUAUUUAGGAAAAAAUAAACUUACAAAGAUUGAGGGUUUGGAUACACUGGUCAAUCUGACCUGUCUCAGUCUACAGUCCAACAGAUUUGUAAAAAUUGAAGGUUUGGACGGCUUGGUGAACCUGGAGGAACUCUAUCUCAGUGACAACGGUUUAGAAAGUAUAGAGGGUCUUGACAACAAUCUACGAUUGAAUACCCUGGAUUUGGCACAAAACAGAAUACGGAGGAUAACCAACGUGUCACACUUGAAAGAGCUGCAGGAGUUCUGGUUCAAUGAUAACAAGGUAGAUGACUGGAAAGACCUAGAGGAGUUAGCACCAAUCAAAAUCCUUGAGACAGUCUACCUUGAACGCAAUCCUCUGUGGUUAGACCCAGAUAAUGCGGGACAUCCUGACCCCAGCUAUCGACGCAAAGUGAAGCUGGCGUUACCCCAGCUCCGACAGAUAGAUGCCACCAUGUGCAAAUGAUAGUGUUCGACCUCCAAUAACCUGUGGGGACCAGGUUUAAUAAGACGGCAUGGCUUACACAUCGUAGAGGCACAGAGCUCACAACUUUACUACAAAUUGUGUUACACUGUUAGAGCCUAUGGUAGAUAUUUGGAGUGGACAGAUUGUACUAGAAUUUUCUAACUAGGAGGUCUUCGUACAUCACUGGAUGAACAAGGCAGUAAAAACUAAAUUCCGAUUUCGACAUUAUGAUGCUCAUUUAGAGGUGCACCUUUAGGAGUGACUUGGUCCAUCUGUGAAUCGGCGAAUUUAGUACACAUGACAAUAUAAUACUGCAUGUGAAUGUUUUAAGAGAUAGGAAACAGGAUUUUAUGUUAUCUUAGUGAACUGGAUUGCACAUAUCUUUGCCAAACGGGGAUCUUAGGCAUGCAGAAAGCAGUUUGUAUGAUAAUGUCACAAAUUAACUAAAUGUAUUCUAACUUUAAUUCCCUGCCAUGAAAUGGAGGACAUAUAUAUAGUGUUACCCACAUCUGUUUCAUUUGUCCGUCCAAAUGAAUCAUCCUUGUCCCAACUUUCACGUACUUGCCACAGCAUAUAGGAAGAUUAACCACUGGACUGUGAGUCACCAUGGCUACAUUCGCGUAUCCGGUUGAAACGGUUGAACCGGUUGAACCUGUAAAGAAAACGACAGGUACAGAUUUGGACCAUAGCUGACCUCAGGCAAAUUUGGUAUGUGUAGAUUGAGGGGUCCAGACGUACCUGACCGAAACUAAAAUGCUGACUAUUGCCAAUUUGCGUUAUUUCUUUCUAAAACAAUGUCAAGGCUCAUGUAGUUUUUAAGAUACGUUGUGUAAUACAGUGGACGCAUGAAAGAAGGGCAUACUAUUCUUCAUACAUUGUUUUUUAUUCUCCGAAAGUGUGGAUUUUUAGCUCUGCUUAUAGAACGGUCCAAGUGUGUUCGUUUAUCGUGGAAAAUUUCUGCGCCACACGUACCGUUUCAACCGGGAUACGCGAAUGUAGCCUUACAGUUACCGUGUCCCUUCUCCAAAGGUCAAGGUCACUGUUAGAGAUUGAAGAUCAGAAGAACUAUAUUAUUGUCCGAGUCUAAAAUUCCUUUUGAUAAGAUAAUGUAAUGAAACUUUGCACACCUCGUCAUAACCAUUAGACUUGGUGUCAUCACAUCAUUACGUGAAGGUUGAAUUCAUGACAGCAUGUCUUUUCCUGGACAUAUUUCUUGCUUAUAAUUUAUAUAAUUGACUAAUAGAAUUUCCCUACCUUGAGGGUGUGACGGAGAAAUCUCCAACCCUAUACAACCAGAUCAUCACCAUGAGGGUUGGAGAUUCCUCUGUUAUACUCUCAAAGUAGGGGUUAAUUAUUUUCUCCCAUCAUUCCAAUAUUAUUGUUUAAAACUAGAGUUUUUAGCAUUUGUAACCUAUUUUACCCUGAUUGUACAGGACCUCUCACGUUAAGACCUUAUUGUGAUGUUAUAUCCGAUUGUUCCCAAGACAUGCUGUCGGUCGGAUACUCAAAAAUCAUGAACAGAUAAAAUGGGAGAUAAUUCUGUGAAUGGUGGGAAAAAAAUGAAAUAAUGUAUCCACAUUGUGACACCUGAAUUGUUAUACAUGUGUGAUACACGGACACCUUGUUAAGUCCACAACCAUGUUCAUAAUAAACACAUUAAUGGGACAUUUUUGUUUAAGGGAAGUUAAUUUGUGCCCUGUUGCUAGGAAUUGUGUCCCAAUCCUUAGAAUGAAUAAUGUAAUGAAAUAAUAGCUGUUUCAGAUAGUAAUAUACAUCAGAUUCUAUAAUGUUGUACAUUGAUUUUUCAAAUAACCAAAAUUACUUACCGACUGUAGCCACAUAAAAGUUCAUUAUAGAAAAGAUUUACAGUAAUAAGUUCAACUCUUUGUUGGACACGUUCGCAUAGAAACGGCGUAAUUUUAUAUUUCUUCAAAGCAUAUUACCUGCCUGGUAUUCUGUCUUUGCGUAUUGCAGAGUUAUCUUCUCUUGAGAGCAGGUAUUAAUUGUUACGUCAUAGGUUAGUGUGAA